GGUUGGGGCCCAAGUUAAGCGUCCCGGCCAAGUCCAGGGCUAGGCCUCCAUGGGGACAGCCCAGCUGGGCCGAGGAGGCCGCCCACCACGGGGCCUGCCUCUCUGCAGCCAGCCCGGCCCUCACAAACGAACAAUAACAGGAAACCAUCCUUGGUGGGGGUGGGGGGGUGCACAUGGGCCAGGGCCAGCUGGAAAACCUGAAGGGGCGGCGGCCAGGCCUCCCUCACCGCCGGGUGGGGCUCCCCUCCAGAGGCUGUUGGCCGAGCUCUGCACAGUUCCACGGCACGAUCAGCCCCGGCCGGACAGCCAGACGGAACAGACACACCUCUCAGCCCACAGGCGAGAGCCGUCCGUCCCGGGAAGAUGCAGGUGUUCGUGAUGCUGCUGGCUGCAGGGGGCACCUGCCUGGGCCUGCUAGCUGCAGCGGCCGUCAACCCUGACCAACCCAACCCCCCCAGCUCGCUGCCCAUUCACCGGCGCCAGAAGAGAGACUGGAUCUGGAACCAGAUGCACAUCGAUGAAGAGAAAAACGGCUCACUGCCCCACUAUGUGGGCAAGAUUAAAUCAAGCGUGAACCGCAAGAACACCAAGUACCAGCUCAAAGGAGAGUCUGCCGGCAAGGUCUUCCAGGUUGAUGAGAGCACAGGGGACGUGUAUGCCUUUGAGAGGCUGGACAGGGAGAAGAUCUCUGAGUACCACCUCAUCGCCCUCGUGGUGGACAAGAACACUGAGAAGAACCUGGAGUCUCCUUCCAGCUUCACCAUCAAAGUUCACGAUAUCAAUGACAACUGGCCUGUGUUCACGCACCGGGUGUUCAAUGCCUCCGUGCCCGAGAUGUCAGGGAUAGGGACCUCGGUCAUCCAGCUGACAGCAAUGGAUGCAGAUGACCCCACCGUGGCAGACCACGCCUCUGUCGUGUACCAACUCCUGAAGGGAGAAGAACAUUUCAGCAUCCGUGGUUCCGGACUGAUUGUCACAGCGAACAAAAACCUGGACCGAGAGAAGCAGGCCAAGUACGAGAUCGUGGUGGAAGCACGAGAUGCCCAGGGCCUCCGGGGGGAAUCGGGCACGGCCACCGUGCUGAUCUCUCUGCAGGACGUCAACGACAACUUCCCCAUCUUCACGCAGUCCAGGUACAUAUUUUCUGUGCCCGAAGACAUCCGUGUGGGCAGCCCCCUGGGCUCUCUGUUUGUGGAGGACCCAGACGAGCCCCAGAACCGGAAGACAAAGUACAGCAUCGUGCAGGGCGAGUACAGGGACACCUUCACCAUCGAGCCUGACCCCAGCCGCAACGAGGGCAUCAUCAAGCCCAUGAAGCCCCUGGACUAUGAACGUAUCCGGCAAUACAGCUUCACCAUCGAGGCCACGGACCCCACCAUCGACCUCCGCUACCUGAGCAGCACCUCCACCAAGAACAUCGCCCGUGUCAUCAUCAACGUCACAGAUGUGGACGAGCCCCCCACCUUCCAGCAGCCCUUUUACCACUUCCAACUGCGGGAGAACCAGAAGAAACCUCUGAUCGGCUCAGUGCUGGCCGUGGACCCCGAUGCCGCUAAGCGGAGCAUCAGAUACUCCAUCCGCAGGACAAGUGACAAGGGCCAGUUCUUCGGAAUAACCAAGCAGGGGAAUAUUUACAAUGAGAAGGAGCUGGACAGAGAAGUCUACCCCUGGUGUAACCUGACAGUGGAGGCCAAAGAGUUGGAUUCUAGUGGGACCCCCACGGGCAAAGAAUCCAUUGUGCAGGUCCACAUCGAAGUUUUGGAUGAGAACGACAAUGCCCCAGAGUUUGCCAAGCCCUACGAGCCCAAAGUGUGUGAGAACGCUGCCCAGGGCAAGCUGGUCGUGCAAAUCUCGGCAAUAGACAAGGAUAUAACACCACGAGAUGUGAAGUUCAAGUUUUCCCUGAGCACUGAGGACAGCAACUUCACCCUCACGGAUAAUCACGAUAACACGGCCAACAUCACAGUCAAGUACGGGUAUUUUGACCGAGAGCGCGCCAAGGUCCACCACCUGCCCGUGCUCAUCUCAGACAACGGGAGGCCAAGCCUCACAGGCACCAGCAUGCUGGAUGUGACCGUGUGCAAGUGCAACGAACGCGGCGAGUUCACCUUGUGUGAGGAGGUGGCCGCCCAGGUGGGCGUCAGCAUCCAGGCGCUGGUAGCUAUCUUCCUCUGCAUCCUCACCAUCACAGUGAUCACCCUCCUCAUCAUCCUGCGGCGGCGGCUCCGGAAGCAGGCCCGCGCCCACGGCAAGAGCGUGCCGGAGAUCCACGAGCAGCUGGUCACCUACGACGAGGAGGGCGGCGGCGAGAUGGACACCACCAGCUACGACGUGUCGGUGCUCAACUCGGUGCGCCACGGGGGGACCAAGCCCCCGCGGCCGGCGCUGGACACGCGGCCGUCCCUCUACGCACAGGUGCAGAAGCCGCCGCGGCACGCGCCCGGGGCGCACGGGCCCGGGGAGAUGGCCGCAAUGAUCGAGGUGAAGAAGGACGAGGCGGACCACGACGGCGGCGGCCCCCCCUACGACACGCUGCACAUCUACGGCUACGAGGGCGCCGAGUCCAUCGCCGAGUCCCUCAGCUCCCUCGGCACCGAUUCAUCUGACUCGGACAUCGAUUAUGACUUUCUCAAUGACUGGGGGCCCAGGUUCAAGAUGCUGGCCGAGCUGUAUGGCUCGGACCCCCGGGAGGAGCUGGUGUAUUAGGGGACCGUGGGCCUCUGGGCCUGGGUAGCUCAGGCUAGUCGGACACGGGCACUGAGCCCUCCAAUCACAGCACUCAUGUCCCAGCCUAACAGCCCUUCCUCAUGGGUCCCAGAGACCUCACCACCUUGGAUGGCAAAAUCCAAGUCCCUGAAAUGUCCAGGAACGUAUUUCAGUGAUGGGUACUCCCAAAACGCUGGAAAACACCAGGCUGGUGUUCUGUCUGGGCUGAGACAUCCACAUAACCCUGUCACCUGCGACUACGGGUUCAACUCAAAGACUUUCUCAGUCUUCUCAAAGCAGAUUAUGCUCAACUGCCAGGGGGAGGUCUUCCCCUGAGGUCCCUGAACCCCUAGGGGGGGCAGCUGGGGGGGGGUCCUGGUGCCUGUCACCUGGAGGCAAGGGGCUGGAUGGCAUGACUGUGGGGCGAGACUCUCUGUAGCCCGGUCCCCCAGGAGACUGGGCCCGCCCCCCAGGCCUGCCCUGCUUUAGCUUCCUCACACCCUCCCAAGACCCCCAGCAUUCUGCAGCCUCUCUCCAGGCCUGUCAAAAGGAAGGAAGGGCCUCUUGACAUCUCCUGACCUUGGGUCUUGAGGUGACCUCGCUGGCCUGCCAUGCCUGUAACUAUGCUGUACUGGGUACUGAAAAUUCAUCCAAGGUCAGGGAAAUGGCUCGUUGAACUUUAAAGCAACUGUGAAUUCAUCCUGGAGGGACAGUGCAGACCAAACGAGACCACAGAUCAUAGGGUGAGGGCCACCUCCACACCCACUCUCUCCAGAGAGGGCCAGGAGUCGCUGUGACCCCAAUUGGACACUCACGACACCCCUCCAGUUUUGCCUGGGAAGCAGGGCAGAUGUUCCCGGAGCAGAAGACCUCUCCCUGCCUCGCCCGGUCACUCAUUCAUGCUCUUUCUUUUUUCUUUCUCUCCAUCUACUCUUGAUCUCUCGACUUAGAGGCACUUAAGGUGUGACCCACAUCAACUCUGGCCAAAGUCCAAACCCAAACAUGACUGCGCAACACAGCUGUGCCAUUUGCCUUUACACCUCGUUGUUGCCACAUCUCAGGGAACCCCAGCAGGGCCCCAUCCCUACAGAAGGCAAGGCCCCUGCUCAGGCCCAGUGGUCACCUGUUCCUCUUCCACUUUCAGCCACGUACGGAACUUUCCACUGCAAACACACCUUAGGGAAGUGGCAUCACUCAACGGGGGUGCGGGGAAGGAGGCAAACUCUCUGACUCACCAUUUGUCAUGGACCAAGGUUCCUGCUCUGGGCAAGGCCCCUCAAUUCAGGGGACUGUAGAUAACACUGACUUUUUAUUUUAACCAAUAACGAGUUUUUCAUAUUUUUUUUUUACUAAUAAUACUUAUACAUUUCUAGCUCUCACAAACAUAUAGAAUAAGGGUUUUUGCAUAAUAAGCAGGUUGCUAUUUAGGUUAACAAUUUUAAUUCAGGUUUUUUAGUUGGAUAAACAAAUUCCUGUAACCUUCUAUUUCCUAUCAUUGUAGUAAUUGCUCUAGUGAUAAUGACUAUAUAUAUAUUGGCUACACUGGUGCAUGGGACAUACUGUAUUUUUUUAUAACUAAAUAAAGAAAAAUCUUGAAAUACUUCUCUUUCUAGAGCUGAGCGAGCUCAUGUGAAACACAAGCACAUACACCACCACCACCACCGUCAGAGGAACCCAGGGUGCAAGGCGACAUUUGCAGUCAGAAACACACUGCAGGAAAGUGAUUGCAGCAGAGGGACACCUAGUCCAUCCCGGUCUCCUCUCAGAGCCCCAUGCCUUCCCUCAGCCUCUGUACAUGGCCCCCAAUCCCACCCCGGCUCUACACAGCAGGCAGGGCCUCUGGAAGCUGGAGCUGCCACACCUUUUCCAACUGAGAAAUGAACCAGACGAGUGAUAUACAUCAGCAGUGAGGGAGGAAAUCUAAUUAGCUGGUUGACAACAGUGAUGGAGCGGCUGGCAUUUAGUGGGGUGUGUGGACCCCAACAUUGGGGUCCUGCCUGGAAAACCUCACAAUCGAAAAUGAGAACAGGAAGCCUCUUUGCCAGACUUGGGACUUGACUUGGGUAGGUGGGAGAUGAAGCUCACUGCAGCAAGGCCCCCGUGCCUUCAUGUCCUGCAGGAUUUCCUGGGCUGUGUGUCUCCCAGGCAUGAGCUUUUGCAAACUGUGCUCUGGAUGCACUUUCCUGGAGCUCUCAGGGGGCAAUUUGUCUUAAUUCCAAUUUUGCUCUAAUUUCAUUGGGAUUUCUUUUUUGAUCCAUUGGUUAUUUGUUUUUGAAAUGUAUUGUUUAAUUUCCAAACAUCUGUGAACUUUCCCAAUUUCCUUCCAUUAUUGAUUUCUAAUUUCAUUCCACUGUGGUCAGAGAACAUAAGUUUUAUGAUUUAAAUCCUUGUAACUUUACUGAUACUAGCUUUAUACCCUAACAUAUGUUUUAUCCUGAAGAAUGUUCCAUGUGCACUAGAGAGGAAUAUGUAUCCUACUGUUGUGAUGGAGUGUUCUAUAGUGGUAUGUUAGUGUUGUUCAAGACUUUUAUUUCCACACUGAUUUUCUGUCUAGUUAGUCUAUCAAUUAUUGAACGUCUAAUGCUAAAAUCUCCAGCUAUUACUGUUGAAUUGUAUAUUCCUCCCUUCAACUCUCAUCAGAUUUUGCUUCAUAUAGUUUGAGUCUCUGUUGUUACGGGCAUAUAAUCUUAUAAUUGUUGUAUCUUCCUGAUGGAUUGACCCUCUGAGCAUUAUCACAUGUACCUUUUUACAUCUAGUCACAAUUUUUAUCUUAAAGUCUAUUUUGUCUGAUAUUAGUAUAGUCACUCCAGCUCUCUUUUGGUUACUGUUUACAUGGUAUAUCUUUUUCUAUCCUUUUCUUUUCAACCUAUUUGUGUCUUUUAAUAGAAAGUGUGUCUUCUGUGAACAAAAUAUAGUUGGAUCAGGGCAGUUUAUCCAUUCUACCAAUCUCUCUUUGAUUGCAAUGUUUAAUCCUUUUACAUUUAAUGUAAUUACCAACAAGGUAGGGUUUAUGCCUGUCAUUUUCCUAUUUGUAUUCUUUGGCUUAUGUCUUUUUUGUUCCUCUAUUACCCCAUUAUUGCCGUGUUUAUGUUAAAUAGAUAUUUUAUAGUGUACCAUUUUAAUUCUCUUGACGUUUCUUUGACUAUAUUUUAUGUUUUUUUCUUAGUGGUUCUCCUAAGGAUUAUACUUAAAAUCUUAACUUAUAACAAUCCAGUUAGAAUUUGUACCAACUUAAUUUAAGUAGUGUACAAAACUUUGCCCCUAAUAGAUCCACUCCCUCCCCGCUCCUUUGUGCUAUCGCUGUUGUACAUACUACAUUUUUAUACAUCGUAUGCCCAUCAACAUAGAUUUAUAAUUAUUGCUUUAUGCAGUUGUCUUUUAAAUCAUAUAGGAGGGAAAAAAGAGUUACAAACUAUAUAUAUACUGCCUUUUUUUCUAUAAAUGUAUUUAUUUUAUUUAUUUUUGGCUGCAUUGGGUCUUCGUUGCUGCGUGUGUGCUUUCUCUAGUUGCGGCAAGUAGGGGCUCUUCUUCAUUGCAGUGCGCGGGCUUCUCACUGCGGUGGCUUCUCUUGUUGCGGAGCAUGGGCUCUAGGCGCGCGAGCUUCAGUAGUUGUGGCUCGCGGGCUCUAGAGCACGGGCUCAGUAGUUGUGGUGCACGGGCUUAGUUGCUCCACGGCAUGUGGGAUCUUCCUGGACCAGGGCUCAAACAAACCCAUGUCCCCUGCAUUGGCAGGCAGAUUCUUAACCACUGCACCACCAGGGGAGCCCUAUACUGUCUUUUAUAUUUACUUAUACAGUUACCUUUAUCGCUGAUCUUUAUUUCUUCAUGUGGAUUCAAGUUACUGUCUAUUUUCUUUCAUUUCAGCCUGAAUGAUCCCUUUAGUAUAUUUUGUAGGGAAGGUCUGCUAGUGAGGAAUCUAUUUUAUCUGGGAAGUCUUGAUUUCACCUUUAUUUUUUGCAGGAUAGUUUUGCUAGGUAUGGAAUUACUGGUUGAUAGGCUUUUUCUUUCAGCCCUUUGCAUGUCAUCCCACUGCCUUCUGGCCUCCCUGGCUUCUGAUGAGAAACUCAGUGUUAAUCUUAUUGAGGAAACGUUUUAUGUGAUAAGCUGUUUCUCUCUUGCUGCUUUCAAUAUUCCCUCUGUCUGUGAUUUUCAACAGUCUCAUUAUGAUGUGUCUAGAGUUGAUCUUAGGAGUUCAUUGAACUUUUUAGAUGUGUAGAUUAAUAUUUUUAUCAAAUUUGGGAAGUUUGGGACCAUUAUUUCUUCAAAUAUUCUGUCUCUUUCUCUCUCUCCUUUCCUCUGGGACUCUCAUUAUGCAUGUAUUAGGAUGCUUGCUAAUGUCCAAUGGGUAUCUAAGGCUCUAUUAAUUUUCUUUUUUCUGCUCCUCAGACUAGAUUAUCUCAAUUAACCUAUCUUCAAGUUUGCUGACCCUUUCUUCAGCUAACUCACAUUUGCUGUUGAGGUCUUCUAGUGUAUUUUCCUUUCACUUAUUGUACUUUCAACUCCAGAAUUUCUAUUUGGUUCUUUUUUAUACCUCUUUAUUGAUAUUCUCUAUUUGUUGACACACCACUCUCAUACUUCUCUUUCAUUCUUUAGACAUGGUUUCCUUUAGUUCUUUGAAAAGAUUUUGAAUAACUGGCUUAAAGUAUUUGUCUAGUAAGUCCAACCUUUGGGUUUCUUUAGGGAUAAUUUCUAUUGAAUGCUUGUUUUCUUGUGAAUGGGCCAUUCUUGCUUAUUUCUUGGCAUGUCUCGUAAUUUCUAUAGAAAAUUGGAUAUUUAAAUAAUACAAUAUGGCAACUGCAGAAACCAGAUCCCUGACCCCCAGAGUCUGUUGUGGCUGGGUUUUGUUGCUUCUGCAGUUUGUUUAGUGACUUUCCUAAACUAAUGCUGUAAAGUUUGUACUCUUUGUUGUGUGCGGUCACUGAAGUCUCUGUUUGGUAGUGCUCAGUUAGCAAUUGGACAGAGUCCCUUAAAUGCCUGGAAUGAAUAAGUCUCUCAGCAUUUGCCAAGGAGUUCUGUAUUUGGGGGAAUUCCUCUGAUACUCAGGCAGGCAGUCUACAAAUCUGCCUUAGCCUUAACUUUUUGUUGCACAGAGCCUCCAGGUCAGUCAGAGGUGAGAGCUUAGGGCCUUCCCAGGUCUUCUCUGAGAAUGUGCACAUCCCUGCACAUGUGAGUGGCCUUUUAGAUUCCCAGGAAUAUGCCAAAGUUUUUCAAAGCCCUCUGUGGACAGCUCAUGCCCUAACUCUUCCUUUAAGACUUUUGGUUAGCUCCUUGUUUGCCCUAGUUGUUAUUAUUGCCUCAGGCAACUGUGAUGUUAAAUGAUUGCCAUUGAUUAUUUUCAACAAAUGCCCCCAGGAAAAAAGGCUUGCUUGCAUUAAGCAAGCUUCAAGCCAGGUCAACUAAACACAACCUUUCAAGGGAGGUCAUCUAGGGAACCACCAGAUGGGUCAAAUGAGGACAGUUACCUGGGAAAUUGAGCUUUGGAGGAGUUGCAAUUCUGUUCUGCCCCUUCCAAUGGCUUCCAGGCUGCUGAUUUUCACUGUUAAUUGUGGAGCUACUGGGUUUCAAGGCUACUACAGGACUGGAGAGAGGGGAAUGGGACUAUGGAAAGUUAAAACACUACAAAGUUCACUAUUCUUACCA